CAGAGCUCCACGGAAGCCCAAGCACCUCGACUGCGAGAGGCCCAGCGUGGCCAGGGUGGCACAACCUUCCUUCCUCCGUGCACACAGCAAGAUUGCCAUUGGCCGUGUGAGUCCACCAGCAGCUUCUGUGUCCCACUUGUCUUUAAUAAGGAAAGGAGUGUCCCUGUCACAUACAGGGAAAAAAAAGAAUGCUCCUUUGGGUGUUAGUCCUCCUAAUCCUCUGUGGUUUUCUGUGGAAUUAUAAAAGACAACUAAAGAUUACAGACAUCACUGAUAAGUACAUCUUUAUCACUGGGUGUGACUCGGGCUUUGGAAACUUGGCAGCUAGAACUUUUGAUAAAAAAGGAUUUCGUGUAAUUGCUGCCUGUCUGACCGAAUCAGGAUCAACAGCUUUGAAGGCAGAAACCUCAGAGAGACUUCACACUGUGCUGCUGGAUGUAACUAACGCAGAACAUGUCAAGAGGACCGCCCAGUGGGUGAAGAACCAUGUUGGGGAAAAAGGUCUCUGGGGCCUGAUCAAUAACGCUGGUGUUGUCGGCGUGCUGGCCCCCACAGACUGGCUGACAGUGGAGGACUACAGAGAACCUAUUGAAGUGAACCUGUUUGGACUCAUCAGUGUGACAUUAAAUAUGCUUCCCUUGGUCAAAAAAGCUCGAGGGAGGGUUAUCAAUGUCUCCAGCAUCGGGGGUCGGCUUGCAUUCAGUGGUGGGGGAUAUAGCCCAUCCAAAUAUGCAGUAGAAGGCUUCAAUGACUGCUUAAGACGGGACAUGAAAGCUUUUGGUGUGCACGUCUCAUGCAUCGAACCUGGAUUGUUCAAAACAGAAUUGUCAGAUCCAAUAAAGACAACUGAAAGAAAACUCGCCAUUUGGAAGCAUCUGUCUCCAGAUAUCAAACAGCAAUAUGGAGAAGAUUACAUUGAAAAAAGUUUCAGUAAACUGAAAGUCAACACUACAUACUUUUUCAAUGCGGACCUCUCUCUCGUGGUAGAGUGCAUGGACCAUGCUCUAACAAGUCUCUUCCCUAAGACUCGUUAUGCUGUUGGAAAAGAUGCCAAGAUUUUCUGGAUACCUUUGUCUCACAUGCCAACAGUUUUGCAAGACUUUUUAUUGCUGAAACAGAAAACUCAACUGGCUAAUCCCAAGGCAGUGUGACUCAGCUGACCACAAAUGCCUGCUCCAGGCUAUGAGAUUGGCUGAUUUCAAGAACUCAUCUCCUUUUCAGUCCCAUUCCUUGCCUAAUCCAACCUGGACUCAUUGACAUCAUCCUUCUUUUGAUAGAAGAAGAGGUCCCAUGAUCACUGGUGAUGUCCCAGUGUUCCUUCUCAAGCCUUUUUUCAAAAGAAGGGCCAGGAUGAACAUCACCUAGGCAAGUCCUGCCCAAUAUGUAGACUUCAUCUGCUUGACAUGAUGUAAGGGAAACUCAAAGACUUCCCCAUCCAAGGCGAUCUCCACCACUGCCUGCCCCAUGCUUAGAGUCCCCAGCAUUUAGAAUAACUCCUGGAUGUUAAAUACUGUCCCUUUUCAAAACAUUAAGAGAUAAGUAGAAUAUUUUCAUAAGUAGCUUAGACACGCUCUGUUAUCUUGCUGAGAAUAAGACUCCAAGGACUGGAGCUCUGUUCUGUAGAGAUGGGGUUUUGCUAUGUUGCCCAGGCUGAUCUUGAAAUGCUGGCCUCAAGUGAUCCUCUGCAUUGGCCUCCCAAAGUGCUAGGAUUACGGGCGUGGGCCGCCAUGCCCAGCCCCCUGGAGCUCUGUUCUGAUUACCUUUGGUGGGGACAAGAAAAGGAAGAGCAAUAAAGCCUUAUGUGACACCGGUAUAAGCUAAAGGGAGCAGAAAAACACUAGGUAGAACUGCAAGGGAAGAAAAAGAUAGGAAAAGAAAUAGGAGGACUGCAAAAAAGAAUAUAUAUAUGAAAAUGGAGAGACUUCAAGACAAGCCUUCCUAUUCUAGGGGACGCUAUGGAGCAGCGAUCUCCAACUUUUUCCGCACUGGAACCGGUUUCGUGGAAGACAUGAGGGAGGGUGGGAGUGGAGCUCAGGCGGUGACGUGAGCAAUGGGGAGCUGAGUGGCUAUAAACACAGAUAAACCUUCGCUAGCUCACCUGCCGCUCACCUCCUGCUCUGCAGCCCGCUGCCCCCCUUCCUAAGUUUCAUGGAAGACAAUUUUUCCACGGAAAGGGUUGGAGGGAGGGUCGGGGGAGGCAGUGUUCGGGCAGUGAUGGCGGGUUCCUAACAGGCCACGGACCAGCGGUGGAGACCCGGGGAUUGGGGACCGCAGCUAUAGAGGAUAAAUACCUUACUCAAAGCUACAGUGAACAGUGAUGCACACAGUUUUUUGGUGGAAAGAUGUAAUAACAGAGUAACUAAUCAUUCCAAAAAAAGAAAAAUGUAGAAUAUUUAGUUGAUUCCAGUGAUUGUAAAAGUCACAGGACCCAGAAUAUGUGGCACAACUUACACCUGAGAUGGUUGGAAAUCCUGCGUUUGAAUGUCUCUGAUGCCCCAUGAAAAUAUGGAGCUAAAUUAAAACGCUCUCUUUAGCCUACAUUUACAGUGAGAUUAGAUCCACGUCUUGUUCUUUUUUCUUUUCUUUUUUUUUAAUGCGUCGGGGGCGGGGGGUGUCUUCCAGUUAGGACUGAAAA